AUGGAUGCAACCAUUCAACCGAUUUUGGAGAAGGUAUUAGCCGGUGAACGCCUAGAUUUUGAUGACGGAUUGACCCUUUUCAAAAGUAAUGAUCUCCUGUCAAUCGGGGCGGCUGCCGAUACAAUUCGACAACAGAAGCACCCAGAAGGAUACAUCACCUAUAUCGUUGAUCGCAAUAUCAACUACACAAACUGGUGCUAUGUCGAUUGCGACUUUUGCGCCUUCUACCGCCAUAAAACCGAUCCCGAUGCGUAUGUGAUGUCCAAGGAGGAGUUGGGGAAUAAAGUCCAAGAGACAAUCGAUCUUGGCGGCGUACUCAUCCUCAUGCAGGGUGGGCUACAUCCUAAACUGAAGCUUGAUUGGUACGAGGACCUUCUCCAGUGGAUCAAGGCAAAUUAUAAAAUCCAUAUUCACGGUUUCUCCCCACCAGAACUUGAUUGGUUCGCAAAAAUCAACAGACUCUCCCUCAAAGAGACCUUAAUCCGUUUACGCGAUGCCGGCUUAGAUUCGAUCCCCGGCGGCGGAGCGGAGAUCCUGACCGACCAUGCCCGCGACGAAAUCAGUCCGAAAAAGUGCACAUCAGAUGAAUGGCUAGAAGUGAUGCGGCAAGGUCACUACGUGGGCUUGCGCUCAAGCGCAACGAUGAUGUACGGACACGUCGAAAGCUACGGCGAACGGGUGGAGCAUCUCCUCCGCUUGCGCGAACUACAGGACGAAACAGGUGGCUUCACGGCUUUCAUCUGUUGGUCGCUUCAGCCCAAGCACACGCGCCUGAACAUAUCGCACCUGCGGGCAGCUUUGAAUACCUCAAGACCCUCGCAAUCUCCCGACUGA